AUGGCGGAAUCCAGCUCCCAACAACCACAGCAGCCCGCUGCGUCGCCAUCCCCUCCCCCGCCAGCACGAGCUCCUCAAACCCCAGGCCCGCGAGCAUCUCGCUUGAAUCAGAUUUUCGACCAGGCGCUGGCACGCACACUGCGCGCAAACUCAUACCAGAACUUUGCAAGCUGCUUCCCCACUCCUGCGCGCCAUGUUCCGGCGAGUUUGGAGGGUGUCUGGCGACAGCUGAAUGCGAAACUGGAAGCGAAUGCCAAGGCUGAGUUCGAGGAUAUUAUUGACGAGAGGGAUGCGGUGCCACACUUGAAUGAGCUUGAUCGGUUAGUCAGCGACGCAAAGGCCAGGAAAGAACAAGCGACUGAGCACGCCGGGGAACAGGAACAUGUAGUGCCGCAUACACUCGGCGCAGAAGAGUUGUAUAAAGCGCAUAUCACGCCGUUCCUUCAGGAAGCGCAGUCGACCCUAAAUACCCGGCUCGAAGCCACGAAUGCGGAAAACGCGGAGCUCUCACAGACCGUGCAGGCACAGCGGCUGGAAAUCGAGCAAUUGUUGUCGCAGCUUGGAUUGGUUGUGUCGGAUAUUGAGGGUGCUGCUACGGCAGCCACGCAGUUCAGCAAAGAGCACCAUAUUCGCCAGGACGCGGUUCAAAUGGACAGAGAAGUGAAAGCUCGUCGCGGCCUGUGA